AUGGCUGAAGAUCCACAAGAUGUAGCAGAUAGGGAGCGUAUUUUCAAGGGCUUUGAUGCUAACGGCGAUGGUCAAAUCUCUUCCUCAGAGCUCGGAGAAGCGCUGAAAGCACUUGGAUCGGUCACCGAAGAUGAAGUGAAAAGAAUGAUGGAGGAGAUUGAUACUGAUGGGGAUGGAUUUAUUUCGUACGAGGAGUUUAAAAAGUUUGCAAUAGCAAACCGUGGUCUAGUCAAAGAUGUUGCGAAGAUUUUUUAA